AUGUCUACCACUCAAAUUAAAGGUAGUGAAAUUGUUACUAAUUGGACGAACCACAUAAGGGUGGAAACUCAUGAUCAUAUUAUGAGUGAAAAACUGGGAGUGAAGGUAAAGUUGUACAAAUCGACGAAUUUCUGUUUAGAGGUCGUCGAAAUUACAACCGUGGAAGAUUUCUUUUGGGUGACUUUGUGGAGAAUAAUAGUGAUGCUGGCCGUAAAAUGA